GGAUCCGUUCUUAAAUAAAGUACGGCGGUUUUAAAUCGUAUUACUUAUUCUUGUAUUUAUAUUCUUGAGUCAGAAACCUCUGUUUGAAAAAUAGAAAAGGGUUUCUUGUUCCAAGAAUCGUCUUAUGCGAUAAGCGUAGGUGGGUACCUAUUGUUGAAGUUAGUCAGCCAUAAUGAGCAGCAACAACAGCUUUGAUGCAUUUAUUCCUAUAUUAGAAAAUGAUUCGCAAUCUGAAUUGUUUGAAAAUAUAUUUGAGUGUACAAUAAAUAACACAAACAACGAAUUUAACAUAAGUGAAGUGCAUGCAUUACUGGCCAGUUGGGGUUUUAAUGAAAUCAUUAUUAAAAAGAUAUCAGAUGCUAAAUUAAGCCUUUGGCACCUUUCGGUUAUUGAGGAUAGCGAUAUAGAUGUGCUAUUUCCUCUUAGCGAGCUUGCAGACCGAGUGAAGUUUAAAGCCUGCUUAAAGGGCUGGCGUCAAGGAAAUAGUCAUAGCAGGGCAUCAACUCCGUCGUGCACAUCCUCUACGUCUACGUCAUCGGUGGUAAAUUCAGAGGAGGAGGGGGGACCCAUUAAAAGUGUAGCAGAAAUUUUAAAAGAAUCCGUUAGAGGACAAAACAUCCUACAAAAAUUUUCGGAAAUUGGCUCUCUUGCAGAAGAAGACAGAAAAGAAAUAGUAAAUAUUAUAGUCGAAGGGCAUCUCUUCAGCCGCAAAAAAGGACUAGGGAUUUUUCUUAUUAAUAAGUAUGCUGAAGACAUAGUGAAACAAUUUCCUGGUGAGAUUAAAGACACAUAUUAUGUACCAAGAAAACUCGGAGGACAUCCAAAAGGCAAACUUUAUGACAGAGUACGAAACUCCAAACAUACGUUGACUAAAAAAGGUCUAAUUAAAAAUAACAAAUCGCAGUCAGCAGCAGCUCAAGCGCCUAAUACGCAACCUUCUACUCACUUACAUUUAAAUAACAAACAAGUUACGGAAGAUGACAAAGAAAUAAAGGCAUGGCUAAAAUAUAAUAAAGAAGACGAUGAUUGGGAAAAUAUUUUUAAGAAAUGGCAAAGUACUUCCCAUUUAAGGGUGCAAGAAUGUCAACGACGCGUCUUUACAGAAAUAUUAGAAGAUUGGCCACUGUAUAAACACGCCACCAAAGGACAUAUAUUGAUCGACUGUGACUUUGAACAAAUUUUUCCCGGAAGAUUAAAUAAACUUUUCUAUAAAUGGCAAAACUUUGUAAAAGCAGCAUUAGAAAUCUACCCUUCCGCCAUCAAAGACAAAAAAGGGAUUGAACAGUUAACUGCAAUAAGGAGAGAUUCAGUUAAUGAAGAUUAUAAGAAUUACAAGUUAAUUGAGCUGUUGCACUGUAUAUUGAAGCCCAGUUGUCGAAUUAAAAAAGUUGACAAGAACAUUUGGAAACCUAGCAUUGUGGACUCGCAAUUCAGUCAAGUGCAAGUAAUCGCUUCAGUUGGAGAUCUACAACGUAAGAUAGCCGAAAGAAAUGAAAAGUAUCAUAAGGUUGGACUAAAGGUUCAACCAUUUAUUAUAUUAAUUCAGAAUGACGGGAUCAAUUUCGAAUAUUAUGUUUGGGUUGAAUCAAUGAUUCAUAAAUUCGAAACGUUUUUAAAAGCGUUAGAUUACUGUUUCAAAAAUUUUCAUUGUUUUAAUUUUCAAUACCCAAAAGAGUGUGAGCUUGUAUGGACCUUUAUUCAAAAGUUCUUUUUUGAAAUUGAUGCCGAGUAUGACAUUAAUUGCCCCCAACUUUCAACAAUAAUAGCAACAUUUAAAAAUUUUGAGAAAUAGGAAUCUUUACUUAAUAGAUUUUAAGAUGUUUAUUUGUUACCUUUGCGACGAAAAUUUUAAUGAACCCGACCAGUUGCUUUCCCAUAUGAAGUUCUGCCACAAUAAGCCAUCUCUUUUCAUUUGUAAGCAAGGUUGUUGUCCACAACAAUUUACUAGGGCUUCCAAAUUUAAAAGCCAUUUGCAAACUCAGCACCGCAUUUAUUAUAUUAUCUCUGAAACUAAUAACAAUACCAGUAAUACUAAUAAUGACAGCGAAGAAUUAUUAGCUACGCAAUUUCAGACGCCAGUCGUUUAUAAUUUAUUAGAAAAUGACUUGGACAAGCCUAGUCAAAGUAAAAGCAUCAAUGAUCCAACUGGUGCCGCUAUCAAAGAUACCGAUAUUCAUGUGUCUUGCGCUAAAAAGCUUAAAAAUUCUGCACUUAAAUUUACAUUAGCUUUACAUAAUAAGUCUAACUUUAACCGUAAUGAUGUUCUAGAUAUUCAAAAACUUAUCAGUAACACCAUUAUAGCAGAUUUAGUAGAUAUAUUAAAAGAAAACAAACAUUCUGAUA